UUAGAGACAGGUCAUUGUGCAGUAGUCAAAAACCUGUGGUCUUCACAGGAAGCUCUUUUAUUCAUCCACAUUGUUGUAUUGGAAGGAACAAUUUUUUUUUCCCAUCCAAACGACAACGCUGCUUCACUAAACUACACGUUCAACAGAAAUAAUCCGAUCACAAAGCGGGCCCGAAGUGUGACCUCCUAAUAUGGAAAAAAGUUGAUCACGUGGCUCUCAAAGCCAAAGGAAAUCUGAAAAGAAGUCGCAGCGUUUUCUUGAGAAAAGAACUUGAAAGUCAGCAUUGUUAAUUAUCAAAAUGGAUUGAGAAAGUUUUUGCGUCUUCUCACGACGGCAUUACGACACCAUAAGCCCAGUUCGUGGCCGACCAAGACAGAUUUGAUACCUGUUCAAGUUGGCGACUUUAAACACGACAUCAUGGCUGGUUGUGAAGAAAGCUGUGGCUUCUACUUCGUUUUCGCGCUUGUGACGUUUUUUGUGUGGAUGGACCUCAGCUUCUUCGAUGAACUUGCAGAGCAUGGUUCAUUCUACAAUUCAUCAAUGGCAGAAAAUAUGAUGUUCCCCGUGAAAUCCAUAAAACUCCGGAUGCAGGACCACACGGAUCAUUACGUAAACCUUCCAUGGAUGCAAUUUUUUAACGAGAAUACCGGCUUACACGCCGUUCCCGGCGUUACUCCCAAUCUUAUCAGUGGAAUUCAUCUCUUUCUCGCUGUCCUGGCUGCUAAAUGCUUUAUUUCGGGCUCCCUUGGUAUCCGAAGACUCGGAGUUGUCCUUUACGAACUUCGCUGUCAGCUUGAUAUUUUAGACGGUGUUGUAUUUCGUGCUCAACAAAAUUUGAAGGGGAAUUUUAUGUCCGUUUGGGGCUCCAUGGGUUAUCUUGUCGACGCUUUUGCCGAUAUGUGUGGCGGUCUUUUAGUUGGAGGAGCAUGUGCGGUUUUUCUAAAUCGAUAUCCACCGUGGAAACGGGUCAGAGCAAAACCUCAUGAUGAACUUGAAUCGGGAAGAAAAGCGGUGUGUUUUCAAAGCGAAGAAGAGGAGCGAUAUGUCCAUGUUAGUCGGCGUUCAGUGAAUAUUAAAAUGCUGCUUGUUGUGGUGCAAAUAAUUGCCAGAAGUGGUUUUUGGGAUCAUUACUUGCAUUCGUAUGUGGAGUUACUGGAGAAACCUAACCCAGACAUACCAAGGGAAUUACAGGCAGAAGUGCUGAGUUACCGUAGCACAUGGGCUGUGAUGUGGCUUUGGAAAGUGUCCAGUGCUGAUGCUUUUCUGCAAUUCACCAUCCUUGCAGUCCUGUUUGACAAGUUAUGGGUUUGGGUACAGAUGUUGAACUACUUUGGUCCUCUUGAGCUUGCAUUUGUUAUUGUGUUUUCUCAACUGCAUUUAAUGGAGGUGAGAGCAUACUUACUUGGAACAUAGAAUCGUUGUCAAGCUAUUCAGAAGCCUUCUAGAGCCUGGUUGGAACUUCUUGCUAAUUGUCAUAAUAAUUUAUUUUGAUGGGUCAAGGUGAAUGUCAUGGUGAUUUGCACUCUUAACCCUUAACAUGGCUGUAAAGAAUGGUUAAAGUGGCCUCGAACUUCUGUCAUGUCAACGUUCACAACUUGGCAACUAAGUUGGCAAAGGAAUUCACCGCCAUGUUCUGAAGUUUGUGCUUUGACUAAUUUGACAACUGUAACUACUGUAACAAUAAAAUGACUUAGUUCAUAGUGAACUUGAGGAACUUCAAACAAAUUUUGGAAACUGUUUGUUGAAAGUUUUGUGAAAAGUGCUGUUAAAGAAAUUCUUGCUGUGAAAAUACUGGUUAAACCUUUUUUCCUGACCAUCAUAUACAUGCAACUAUGUUAUUUCUGUAAAAACUUGGGAAGGAAAAAGGAAUGUCAUGUGUGUUGUGAAGAAUUUCUUUGGCUUAAGUGGCAUUUCUUUAUUUUCUUUAUAAUUGUGCCAAAUCAGAUGUUUAGAUUUAUGGUGUAAUAAUAUACAUUCAAAAAUUUCAACACUGUUUGGCUGAGAGCACAUCAAUAAAUCCUGAAUGGUGCAGAAAGUUGAAAUUAAAUUACAGGUAUAUAGUUGCGCAAAUAAUCAAAUAAUUUUUCUCAUGCAAUUUGGAAUGAAGGAGCACUUGUAAAUUUUUCAAAGACUACAAAUUACACAAGCCUGUAGGGUUACUUUUGCUUAUUUAUAUAUUAUUGUACUCAAAAUUGUUUGAUUUAAAACUAGCCUUAUUAUGUGACUGAGAAAAUUAUUUCAAUGUGAUUGGCUGAGAGCAGGCUAAUUUAUUGUCAAUUCUAAAUUUGCACUAUAUGCAUUAUUUAGCAAAUCAAUAAUAAAUCUAUAUUAUUAGAUGUUUUGGUGUGUAGUAUCGCUGUAUAUUUUUACAAGUUGUGCUGUAUUGUUGCUGAGCUCGUAGGGCGAGUCAAAAUAACAAACAACGAGUAAAAAUAUAAAGUGAUACUACACACCAAAACAACUAAUAAGA